AUGGAUGGCGAACAGCGAGACAGAGAGCCUACGCGUGGUGCGGGCGAACACCGAGCCGGCAGAGGCAGCGACAUCUACCACAACUAUUUAACCAAGUCAGGUGACAUGAAGUUGAAGAAGAGCCACAAAUCUGCGCGCAUUUGCAGUAUCCGCCACGGCACGGUCCUCCUUGGGAUCAAUCCCACGCUUGAAUCUACCGCCGUUGAACACGAUCCCUCGCUCUUGUACUCUGGCCACGGCAGCAUCAAGUUUUCGUCCCUGCCUGAUGACGUGGAGGAAGGCGAGGAAGACGCCGAGAGCUCUAGUCAGUGCAACCGGAGCAUGCUGGAAACGACUGAGGGCUCUGGCAGCAUUGCCGAUCGCCGCACGGAAGGCAAACACUACGCGCAGACGAAAGCGGCCGCUGUUCCCUCUGGUCACGGUCAACACAAUACCGCGGACGACCAGGCCGGACGCUGCUGGCAAGGGUGA